UUUAGUUAGUGAGCAGCAUUCAAAGAAGACAGUUGUCCCAACGGAUAGUACACAGAAGCAGAGACAAACGAUAACUUCAAAGAAAAUCUAAUGCAUCUCUUGAUUUGCAACUAUUGUCGCAACUACAUUCCGUGAACUAGAUAAGACGUAGUGGUUAACUAAAAAUAAAACCAUACGAGAAGACAUAGCAAAACCCUAUUUCCACACGCUUACCUCCCACCUAAAACACACAAAUCAGUGAAGUUAUUUAAAAACACAACAAAAAAAUUAAGAUAAUUGUAUUCCGGUUACUUUUGUCAACUGUAUGCAACAUCCGCUGAACUAAGGAAGAUAAGAUAGUAUCUAAACAAAACUAAAAGUCCCCAAGAAAGCAGGAGCAUGGCAUUUCAUCUCAUUUGAAGAUCGUAAAUAACACAAUCGGUACUGUUGUCCCCUAACAAACAAAUUGUCCUUGUGGUGUUACUGAUUAUAAAAUCGAGCAUAAAUGUUACAUAAAAUAAGCGGUUUUUAGUUGUUUUCGCUUAACCUUCUUUUAAUCAUAAAUUGGCUUGCCCAAUUUGCAAACUUGCAAACUUUAAUUUGUCAUCAUAGCGUCAACAUCAUGGAUGAAGGAGGUUCUACCUUUGCCGCGGGCCUUUGUUUGGAGUGGAAAAAUUUGAACUAUUAUGUGCCGGAGCGAGAGGAAAACAAUUAUAGUUUUUGGCAAUGUUGUCGCACGCAGCGAGAAUUGCAGAUAUUGAAUAAUGUGAGUGGUCAUAUGAGAACCGGCGACUUGGUGGCCAUACUGGGUUGCAGUGGCGCUGGGAAAACCACACUACUGGCGGCAAUAUCACAACGCCUGCGGGGUAAUUUAACCGGGGAAGUGGUGGUGAAUGGCGUAGCAAUGGAUCGCUCAGAAAUGAUAAGAAUCUCCAGUUUUCUGCCACAAUUCGAUAUAAAUGUUCAAACCUUUACUGCCUACGAACAUCUGUACUUUAUGUCUCAUUUUAAAAUGCAUCGGAAAACCAGCAGGUCUGAAAAGCGUCAAAGAGUCGACGACCUUCUGUUAGCAGUGGGUCUAAGGAAUGUGGCCCACACUCGCAUUCAACAAAUGUCUGGUGGCGAACGCAAACGACUAAGUCUGGCUGAAGAGCUCAUCACUGAUCCUCCUUUCAUUUUCUGUGAUGAACCUACCACCGGUCUCGACAGCUAUAAUGCCUUUACUGUGAUCAAAACAUUGCGCCACCUUUGCACUCGUCAUAGAAUAUUGGAUAAAUCUCUGACAUCCUUGUAUGGUGAGGACUCAUUUUCCUCGCCCAGUGGUGAUUGUAGUCCAAGCAGUUCGAUAGAAAUGGAUAUUUUAGAAUCGGAUUUGCCCAGCCUUAAGGCUUUGAACAACAGUCCGAAUGGCCGUUUCAAGAAGGCAAUUAUAUGUUCAAUCCAUCAACCCACCUCUGAUAUAUUUCAACUGUUUACGCACAUUGUUCUCAUGGAUGCUGGCAAUCUAAUCUAUCAGGGUCGUACGGAAGAUGCAAUGGAGUUUUUUAACACAUUAGGACAUUCUAUGCCAAGCAAUUGUAAUCCUGCCGAUUUCUAUCUGAAAACCAUAUCUGAUAGUCAUACAGACAAAAAAGAUGGCGCCAUGAUUAAGGACAAAUAUAAUCUACAUACUAUGGGUCUUUACAACAAUAGCUGGUUACUGCCUAAGCCAUACAGUGGAGAGUAUUUGACCAGCAUGAAAAAGUUCAAAAAAAUUUGGUGGCCUUUCCAGGUGUAUUUUCUCCUAAUGAGAUUCGUUAUCGAGGACACUCGUAACUUGAGACAAGGUCUAAUAUCCACAGGUCUUUUUAUGAUUACUUCGGUUACUUUGGCCAUAAUGUAUUCCGGAGUGGCCGACAUGUCGCAGACUUCCAUACAAGAUAUCGGUGGUUCCAUGUUUAUGCUGAGCAGUGAAAUGAUCUUUACCUUUUCCUAUGGCGUUACGUAUGUCUUUCCGGGGGCUUUGCCCAUCUUGCGACGUGAGGUCGGCGAGGGCACCUACAGUUUAUCCGCCUACUUUGUGGCUGUCGUCUUGUCCUUUUUACCCAUGGCAUUUUUCAAAAGUUAUCUUUUCUUUUCGGUGGUCUAUGGUUCGAUAUUCUAUAAACGAGGCUUAAUGCUGUUUCUGACAAUGGGUUUGAGUUUAAGUUUGUCCGCUGUGGCUGCCACCGGUUAUGGUCUUUUCCUUUCCACUAUCUUUGAGACAGAAAAAAUGGCCACGGAAUGUGCGGCUCCUUUCGAUUUGUUAUUCCUUAUAUUCGGUGGAGCCUACUACAAUGUGGACUCGAUACCUUUUUUGAAAUAUUUUUCAUUGUUUUUCUAUUCCAAUGAGUCUUUGAUGUAUAGUUUUUGGAUUGAUGUUGAGAAUAUAGAUUGCCCCAAAAAUCAAGGUCAUCCAUGCAUUAAGAAUGGCCUGGAAGUUCUGAACCGAGGCUCAUUUCGUACAACUGAUGACACAUUUUGGCUGGAUUGCAUGGGUCUAGUAUUUGUCGGUAUGGUUUUCAAUAUAAUCGCAUAUUGUUUUGUCAAGAAAUAUAUACGGCGCUCCGGUUAUUAUUGAUUUUAAUGCAAUUUUGUAUAGUCUAUGCUUUUUUUCACCGCACCC